AUGAGCCUUCAGGAAACUAAUGUAGCAUUGAUUUUAUGGCGUGAAGUUUACAUUAAACGUCUGGAAAGCGAAUUUGAUAACUGGACUAGUGAUAACAAAGAAAUUGAUGUGUUUAUCCGGAAACAUCAACUUAAAGCAUUGCUUCAUACAGAAGUUAUCGAGUGGGUUCCUUAUAAUCGAUUCCAGAGAGUUGAAUACCUUGCAGAAGGCGGUUUCGGAAAAGUCUACAAAGCAACUUGGAUUGACGGUUAUAUUGCAUAUUGGGAUUUUUCUGAUGAAAAAUGGACAAGACAAGAUAAUAAUGAAACAUUUUGUCUAAAGAGUCUGAAUAAUUCAUCAAAUGACAUAAAGAAAUUUUUACAAGAGAUCGAAAAUCAACUUAAAUUUAGAGGAAAACGAGCGAUUUCGAUGCAUGGAAUAACAAGAGAUCCAAAGGGAAAUUACAUGAUGGUUAUGCAAUACGCAAAAGAAGGAAGCCUUAGAGAGAUGCUAAAUAGCAGAUAUCACACAUUAAGUUGGAAUCAUAAAAUUGCAAUUUUGAGUAGAAUCGCGCAAAGACCAACUGCAGCCCAAUUAGUCAAAGAUUUAGAGAAAUAUGCUAUGGAUGCUGAUAGAAAUUUUGUUUCUUAUGGCUAUUCACCUGAAAUAGUUAAACAAAUCAAAGAAAUCGAGAGAUUUAAGAGAAAAUCAGAAUUCUAUUCAAGAAAAUCAUUUUCCUAUAUUACGCAUCCAGAGUCUUACUAUACAAGCCGUCUCAUCGAUCAGCAACCUAUUUAA